UGCAGUUCUGAGUAUAGUAUGCAGGAAAUUUUUGCAUUUUAUGUAUUCACUUUCUACUCCAGUCGAGCUUCCGCUCCAAUGUGGUAUAUUACUGCCGAAGAACUGAAUUCAGUGCCACCGUACAUGAAGCAAAGGCUCACUUUGGAUAAAAUGAAUGCUGCAAUUGGUGACAUGGCAAACUAUGCUGAAGCAAAUGCACACCUUAUCACAGCACUGAGGAAAAAGCUGGCAGAUAACAACUUGGACAAGGCUCUGGUGCUUAGGCAUCUCGGGCGGAUAACCGAAACUCCAAUUGGUCAUGACCGUGUUAUCAUCCUGUUGAGGCCUUGACCAAACAUGUAUCUUCAAACAAUUGUUGACUCAAUGUUGCUUGGUUGGAUUAGGAGAGGCAUUAUAUUCUUUAGUUAUAGCUGCCUUCUCUACUUAACGAUUUUUUUUAUGUUUUAGUUCUUUCAUCUUACAGUUGCAACAGUUGUGC